UUAACCGCCACAUUUCUAUAUCAUUCAUUUUCUUACCUUAUGAGUACGAUGCGUAUCUAGAAUUCGUGAAAUAUCUGUUAUAAAACUAAUCAAAAUAAGUAAAUGUGAGGUAACACAUUUGUGGAAUGGAAAUAUUUGCUAAGUUCUGUAAACGUAAACUUUCACGGUCUACAGCCUCGAUUAAGAUAGCGACUGUUUUAAUAUAUUUGGUGCUCAUACUGCAUAUUGUCGGAUUUGCUUUGCCAUACUGGCUGAAGAUUGUUUGGGUACAGGCUGAUAUAGGAGAUGAUUCUUUUGAUAUUCAGAGAACAGAAUUUGUUGGACUCUGGCAAAAUUGUUCGAGUAAUACUUCAGCGGUAAUAAAGGAUUUUGAGUGUGUAAGAAAACCUUCUUUUACAGGUACGUUCAGGGUUUCGCAGAUUCUACUUACUGCCGGAAUUGUUGGACUUUUCCUCAGCACGAUUAUCUCUACCGUUAUCGUAUGUGCUCGACAACGUGACAAAAUUCUAAAAUUGCUAAACCUCCUAUUUACGUCAUGUUCAGGCGUUGGUAACGUGGUUGCUGUGAUACUAUUUGAACGAGUGACGUACGAUGAAUUCAUUUUCGACAGUUCGUCAUCUGAAAAACGUUCCAGCUUCACCACAUCAUUCAUACUAUGUACAAUAGCUGCUGGACUGUGCAUAUUUUGUGUUGCAUUAUUUAUUAUAGACAUUUUUAAUCACGGACGCCCAGAAAGUCGCGAAUUACAACUUCUCCACAUAGAAAGCACAAGUCAAGACCAGUUCUUCCCUAGGCAGUCUCCAGUACUGCCUGCACAGCCAAUGCAAGAUGACAUGUUACCUUAAUAUCAAUACAACAAUUUCAAAACUGUAAAUAAAACCUAGUCCGUGAGAAAGAAAUUGAUAAAAUCUAUCGACUGGUGUUAAACUGAUUUAACUUACGCGGGAAGGCUAUUAGUUAUUAACUUUUGUAAUCUUUAAUGUAUCGUUAAAUAUCGAAAGUCAUUUGUGUAUGACGUGCGUUUGCCUUUGCGUAUUAUAAAAUUUAUAAUUAACUAUAUCGGUUAACAAUAGGGUACUGUUACAUAUUUGAGUUACUGAAAACGAUAGAAGCAAUUAAUAUAUUUGUUUCAACAAGUUUCACGACAGAGAAAACAACAAUUAUUGUUGGCGUACUAGAAAAAAUAGAUUCACGCUUGAAGUAAAGUAGUUUAUUUGACCAAAAUUAAUGCAUAAUUAUGCUCCUGAAAGCUGUUCAUGUCCGUCCGUCUGUUAGCCACAUCGAUGUCCGCACUAUAGCUUGAUGAUUAUUUGGUAUGCCAUGACCAUUGCUAAAAGUGGAUCCUAUUAGAUUUUUAGCCUAGGUCAAGAUCUUCUUGCGAACAUUUUUGUCCGCUCUAAACAUUGAGAUAGAAUAUGCCUAGAUGUAUGAAAAUUGGCAUUUCCCAUGACAAGUUGAUGAACCAACCCUAUUGGUGUGAGGUUAAUAAGUCAAAGGCCAAUGUCACGGUGAUUAUGUGUAAAAUUAUAGUCCGAUCAAUAAUUUAGAACAUACACGACUAGGUUUGUGAAACUUCUAUGGGCCAUUUUCAUUGGUCAAUAAAUGUCCCUAUAGAUUUUUCGGUUAUUAGAUCAAACGCAAAGGUCACAGUCAAGGUCACAGUGAUGCUUAAAAAUCAAAGUCAAAGUUCAAGACCACACUGACACUUAAGCAUAGAUCUUAUUUAUUGACGGUAAAUAUGUAUAGACGAAUAUAUAUAUGCACUGAACAUUUAUGUUUUAUAUAAGCAUUCCUCGUAAAUACAAAUAUUUAAAAGAUGUGUACUUUUUUAGAUUU